CUUAUAGCCAACCUCAACAACCAAGCCAAUAUGUCUUUUCGCGGAGGAGGUCGUGGCGGCUUCGCCACCGGUGCUAAUCGUGGAGGUUCCUUCGGUGGCCGUGGUGGUGAGUAAAUACGACUUUCGGGGCUGGUGAUUGAGAUGGGCAAGGACUAACGAAAAUUUCGUCGGACAGGCCGCGGAGGCUUCCAGCAGCCAAUGGGUCCACCAGCACAAGUUCUGGAGAUGGGAUCUGUCAUGCACGCUUGUGAAGGCGAGAUGGUGUGCGAAUCGAUCAACCCGAAGAUUCCUUAUUUCAAUGCCCCUAUCUAUCUGGAGAACAAAACUCCUAUCGGAAAGGUUGACGAGGUUCUUGGCCCCAUAAACCAAGUUUACUUCACUGUUAAGCCCCAGGAAGGAAUCGUCGCGACUUCUUUCAAGCCUGGCGACAAGGUCUACAUUGGUGGAGACAAGCUUCUGCCAUUGGAGAAGUAUGCAUUGUUCCUUGUCUACUUCUUGAGCAAUGCUGACCUGAUGACCAUAGGUUCCUUCCUAAGCCUAAACCGCCACCAGGUAUAUUGCCAGCGACAACCGAAUGUAUCUGCCGCAUAUUGCUGACAACUAUGCAGGUGCGAAGCCCAAGAGAGCCGGAGGUGCUGCCCGCGGUGGUAGAGGAGGCCCACGUGGUGGAGCGAGGGGUGGACGUGGUGGGUUUGGCGCCCCCAGAGGACGGGGUGGCCCUAGAGGAGGCGGCUUCCGUGGUGGAAGCGGCGGUUUCUCCAGAGGAGGCGGUGGCUUCUCCAGGGGAGGCGGCAGAGGAGCACCUCGUGGAGGUUUCCGACGUUAGACAGUCUCCGUCUUGCUUAGCACUGUCUUAUUACGGCGUUAUGGGAAAAAGGGAGCUUUUGCAGGAACUUUUUGUGUCGAUAUCUCUGUGCAUUAUAGGUGGCUUUCCUAUUCGCAAAGGCUGUAGAAUAAUUCAGCCAUUAAAUGAAUAUUAUUAUACCAAUGAA